UAUCACAAGUGUGUAGAUGUAUCAAUAUUUUCUUCAGUUAUACUCCAACGGGAUAUUUAGAAAAUUCGGCUGUAACAAACAACGGAUAACGACAUAAUAAAUUGUGACAACAUACAAAUAGACAGUAUAUUGAAUUUCUUUUACAUUGUUAUAAAAUUGUAUGAAACUGGAAGAAAUGGUAGAAUUCUAAUUAAUUAUAUAACAUGAUUGGGUUAAACAGCCUGUCUCGAAAGAGGCUUUGACUCCUACGUAACAAAAACUGAUAUAAAUAUAUUAUAAUAAGCCGCACCACCCAUUUGUAUUGCACAUGGAAAGAUAGCUGGAAAAUACAGACAUUGGAAUACUUAGCAAAUGAUAGAACAAUACGCCAUGCCGGCUGAUGCAGAAAAUGGGGAGGUGAGCCAUGAAGGAUUUCGAGCGAUACACGUUGCCAAGGACGCUUGGAAUUCCUCUCAUAUAUAUAAUGUCUCGAGGAAUACGUCAUAUCCAAUGACUUUUGACAACGCUACAGAUGGUGCGGAAAAAGAUCCGCUUAUAUCAUUGAGGGUUCCGGCGAUAAUGUUUGCAUCAGGAGUGUUUGGCAAUCUGUUAGCUAUUUUUGUGUUAGCACGUUCUUCUCGUGAACACAAACAGACGGUAUUUUAUAGGCUCGUUGGAGCCCUUGCGUGCACGGAUUUAUUUGGAACUUGCGCAACAUCCCCGGUGACGUUAGCUGUUUAUGCAAACAAUCUUAAAUGGGUCGGUGGAGUUCCUCUGUGCAAUUAUGAGUCAUUCAUGCUCAUUUUUGCCGGGUACGCUACGAUAUGUAUAAUAGGAACCAUGGCAUUGGACCGGUUUUUGGCAAUUAAAUUUCCAUUCUUUUACGACACACAUAUUAUCCCUGGUCGCGCUAAAUACAUCAUCAUCGGAAUUUGGUGUUUUUCAGCCUUUAUGGGCUGCCUACCGAUCAUGGGGCUCGGUGAAAAUAUUAACCAAUUUCCUGGUUCCUGGUGCUUCUUUAACUUUACAAGCGCCGAAGUAAAGAACCAGAUAUUUGCUUACCUCUACGCUAUAAUCGGGCUAUUAGUCAUUGGUAUGACGGCAAUCUCGAACAUUGUUGUGUCAAUGGUGUUAGUAAAAAUGAGACGCAAAGCCAUAAAGAUGAUGAACAUGACGAACGCAAAGACAUGCGACAGCGAGUUACAAAUGAUGGUGUUACUGAUGGGCAUUAUCUUCAUCUUUUCCACCUGUUGGUGUCCAUUUUUGAUUCGAUUACUGGUCAACCAAACACACCAGAAACAAAUAGAUGUGAAAGCGGAUCUUCACGCCCUUCGACUAGCAUCAUUAAACCAGAUUCUUGACCCGUGGAUUUACAUUCUAUUCAGAAAGGAAUUAUUUGCUAGAGCCUAUAGGUGUUUAAAGGUCAUGCUGUCUGACCAUUGUCAUUGUAUUUGCAAAGAUAGUAUUCAGAACAAUAGUGAAAGAGAUGGGCUGCAUGGCGGGAAGAGGAGAAACUUGCCUUUUAUUAAAUAUGAAAGUGAUUAUGUUCACAUCAAAAGAGAAAGCGAUCUUUUAAACACUAAACGUGAUGACAAUCAAAAUCAAAAUGACAAUAAUGCCUUUAAAACAAAACCUGAGCUAGAAAAACAGUCAUCGUUUGAAAAUCGCACCGACUCUCCAGUAGAGGAAGGCGAAGCAAAGGACGAGUCGACUCUUUUGAUAAGAGUACCAAAGGGGCACAAAUGCAGUUUACAUAUGAAACAUUCCUCUUGUUUAUUCUGUUUUGCUAAUCGUCCUAAAAUGAUGGUGUUAUCAUCAAUUUCAGAAAGUAGAAGCAUGGACAAACUCCAUUUGCUGGAUGAAGUAUCGCGUAGUCAUGAAUUUAGCAGUAGGCCUGAUAGCGGGGUUUCUUGUCUCAACAAAUCACGACGCGAAAGUAUUCAUAUGUCACUAACAGAUUUGAGCUAACGAGAGGACGAAUGCAUUUCUUAAGAAGAGUAAAAAUGUGCAAGAAAUGAUGAAAAGACGCACACUCCAAUCUUGGAAAAAGGAAUAAGCAGACUCACUAAAAUGUAUUUUAUAUGAAAUUGACUAUCGUCCUUAAUGCCGGGAUAUUGCAGGCAAUAUAACUGGGGCCACUUGUUUGUAUCUGCUCAGCUAUCCCGAUGUAUACCAAUUUCUUGUUAUUCAGUCGGAACCGAGACGCGCGCAUCUUUUCGAAAUAUACUAUGUUGUUCAAAUGAAUUCACACGGAGUAUCCUGAAUCUUUAAAGUAGUAUUUAUAUUUAAUUAGUUUGAGGUGUUUAUUACUCUUGUUGAACAAAAUACAUAACAUAAUAUCUGUUUCAAUUCUAGGUGAAUUAAAUUCUAUUCCCAGAAAUGUUAUAUGUACAUUAUACAAUUCAAUGUUUAAUCCUCACAUCAUUUUGAAGAACAAUCUAAAAUUUACAUACUAUUAUAAUGAAACAAAAAAAGUAUAGGUCAUAUGUCUUCUAAGAGGAUUUCUAUAGAACUAUAUAGAACUAUAUCAAAAUUACACUGUAAACUGAUGUGGUGUUGUAUUUAACACGUCGAAUGUUUUUGUUAUAUCUUACCCUUCAACGUUUUGUCAUUCUUUCUGUCAUAAAUGCCAAAAUACACCCACGUGGUAUAAGUUUCGGGAAAAAGUUAUUCUUAUGACCACCUAAAGUGAAAUCGUCAAUAUUUUCUUGUAACAAACUUUAAAUAAAGUCUGUAAAAAGAUUGACUUAAAUUGGAUCAGUUUUUGUUGUAGGACCGACCACGUGACUAUACUUCUCAGAAUAUACAAACAAGUGGACGUAAUAAAAAUGCAGUUGAUUCACUUUCCGGAGAUCAGUGUUACGGCACAUGAUUCGUUGUUUAUGAACAUGUCAUGAUUCAUAAAAAUCAAGUAGGAGCAUAGAGCAAAAUAUUGCUUUUGUCUGAAUUAACUGCGGAAAAAAAUCUACUUCUGUUACAGCAAGACUGUAUUUUAUGUGUUUAUCAAUAACACGUGAUGGUUAUAAAAUGUUUUUUAAGUGAAUAGUGCAACAGUGAUGAAAUUUUGAAAGUCAAUGUACGGGUAACAUGUUGUAAAUCUG